ACCCAAUAUUUUCACUGUAUUUGUUUUCCUUUUUGAAGGGGAAAAAAGCUGGUCCUGGAACACAAAAGACAAGAACAGGAAGACUCAAGAAGCCUUUUUUAAAGGUUGAAGAUGUGAACCGGUCUUACAGGCCAUUUUACCUUCAGCUCCCCAGUAUGCCUUGUAUAAACUACUUUCUUCAGAAGCCCUGCAGCCCAUUUGAUAUAGAGAAGUCAUCCAGCAUCCAGAAACAAGCUCAGCCUAAACUCAGAAUUAAUACGGACGGCGAUAAAUGUGGAACCCCAGUUCAACUCCAGUUGAAGGAAAAGAGAAAAAAAGGAUAUUGUGAAUGUUGCUUGCAGAAAUAUGAAGAUCUCGAAACUCACCUUCUGAGUGAGAAACACAGGAACUUUGCACAGAGUAACCAGUAUCAAGUUGUUGAUGAUAUUGUAUCUAAGUUAGUUUUUGAUUUUGUGGAAUAUGAAAGAGACACACCUAAGAAGAAAAGAAUAAGAUACAGUGUUNGGUCUGUUUCUGCAAAUGUCCUGAAAAACACUGAACCGAAAGAGAAGCUACUAUUGGAGUCCAAUUUCCAGANGGACAUGGGAGAAAGCAAUGGGCCACUGCUCAAGCAGAACUCUCAGUAUGAAGAAACCCAGAAAACUGAAGAAAAGCCUGUGUUUGCUUCAGAGCCCACANCCUAUUCUUCAGCUGGAUUGAAAGGAUAUGACGGGAAACCAGUGAGCGUGUUCAGUGCCAGUGAGCCUGACCUAGAGCAGGAGUGUGCACAGCUACCUCUGCGUGACAGCACACUNGAACACCAAGUGACUGUAGGUAGAGAUGAUGGAGAACAGAGAGUAGGCGCUGCUACAGGCGGGUCGCAGUCAUGUGGACAAAUUUCUUGUCUCAGUACAGAAAGUUAUCUACCCCAACCACAAUUAACUACAGACAUAAAGCUUUCAGCAAAAGAUCUGCAAGAAAAGGGCUUUCAUGUUAUGAGAGGUCAUGAUUCUGACCUCAUGGCAUUAAAUACAUCAAAAGAGCAGCUAACANUGAAGGCAAGAACUCCACCCUGUGGUCCCCAGGGGCCUCAUGAGCGUGACACUGAGAGCAUGGAGAAUUUGCCUUGUGGUAAGAUCCAGCGGAAAGUGAGAAUGUUAUUAGGGCAAAAGAAAGCAAAUGUGGAACCGGGUGCUGANUUGGAUAAAAAGAGAACUGAGUAUCUUCCUUCACAUGAAGACAGAACUUGUGNGUCACCAAUACAGUCUCUAUUGGACCUUUUUCAGACAAGCGGGGAGAAAUCAGAAUUUUUGGGUUUUACAAGCUACACUGAAAACAGUGGAAUAUGUGAUGUUUUAGAUAUUUGGGAGGAAGAAAAUUCAAGUAGCCUGCUGUCAACAUUUUUUUCUUCCCCUUCAACUUCUGCAUUCGUUGGAUUUUAGUAUUUAAUGAGCUUUUCAGAAGUGACAGCUAUAUUCCUGAAGUUUUUAUAAAUACAUAUAUAAUUAGUUGUGGGGGGGGGUUGUUUUGUUUUUGCCAACUUUUUUUAUGGAGCCAUCUGUAAAUAUUAAGAUGGUGUUUGUAAUUUUUUACAGGAUUGAAUAGCUGUUACAAAUUAUACAAUAAAAACUUANGACUUAUUUU